CGGCGCUCGUCAGAGCACACCCGCCUCAUCUCCGGCCGCCGGCGGCUGUGCUGCGCGGCGCCCUGUCGACACCUCUCCCGCUGUUUCCAGUGGCUGUUCUCGGCCUGUAUCGGGGACCGCGACUACCGGGCUCGGCUGGUCCGGGUCGGACGCCCCUGCACAGAGAAAUUUCCACCGAACACGAUCAAAAACCAGAAAUACAACAUUAUCACGUUCAUUCCGAAGGUUCUGUACGAGCAGUUCAAGAUGUUCCUGAACCUGUUCUUCCUGGUCAUGGCGCUGUCGCAGUUUGUGCCGGAGCUGCGGGUGGGCUACAUAUACACCUACUGGGGGCCGCUGGGGUUCGUCAUAGCGGUGACGAUGAUCCGGGAGGCGGUGGACGACUACCGGCGCUACCGACGCGACAAGGAGAUGAACAGCACCAAGUACAGCAAGCUCACCAACCAGGGCCACGUCAAGGUGUCGAGCAGCCGUAUCCACGUGGGGGACAUGCUGCUGAUCGAGAAGAACCAGCGGGUGCCGGCCGACAUGGUGCUGCUACGGACCACCGAGCGCAGCGGAGCAUGCUUCAUCAGGACCGACCAGCUGGACGGCGAGACGGACUGGAAGCUGCGGCUGGCCGUCUCCUCCACGCAGAAGCUGGCGCGCUCCACCCACCUCUUCGGCAUCGACGCCGAGGUGUACGCUGAGAAGCCGCAGAAGGACAUCCACAACUUCAUCGGCACAUUCACGCGGCACGACGCCUCUAACGACAGUGACAGCCUGUCGGUGGAGAACACGCUGUGGGCCAACACGGUGCUGGCCUCGGGCACGGCGCUGGGUCUGGUGGUGUACACCGGGCGCGAGACGCGCUCCGUCAUGAACAACUCGGCGCCGCGCAGCAAGGUCGGCCUGCUCGACACCGAGAUCAACAACCUGACCAAGAUCCUGUUCGGGGUGGUGCUGGCGCUCUCGGUGGUGAUGAUGUGUCUGAAGGGCUGGCAGGGUCCGUGGUACCGCUACCUCUUCCGCUUCGUCCUCCUCUUCUCUUACAUCAUACCUCUCAGUCUGCGGGUCAACCUGGACAUGGGCAAGAUCUUCUACUCGUGGACGAUCCAGCGCGACGCCGAGAUGCCGGAGGCGGUGGUGCGCUCCACCACGAUCCCCGAGGAGCUGGGCCGCAUCGUCUACCUGCUCACGGACAAGACGGGCACGCUGACGCAGAACGAGAUGGCGCUCAAGAAGAUCCACAUGGGCACCGUGUCGUACGGCGUCGACACGUUCGACGAGGUGAAGGCGCUGGUGGAGCAACACUUCGCGCCGCCGGCCGAGCCGCCGCCCGCUGGCCGACCGCCGGGCGGCGGCCGCACGCGGCGCACCAUGGUGGCGCGCGUGGCCGAGGCUGUGCGCGCGCUCGCCCUCUGCCACAACGUCACGCCCACGUACGAGGACGCCAGCCCACUGUCGUCUUCGGAGGGCAGCUCGACCGGCGGCAGCCUGUCGCCGGACCUGGAGUCGGGCCGCGAGCAGCCGCCGGCCGGCGGCGCCGCGCGCCGGCCAGUCGUCUACCAGGCCAGCUCGCCCGACGAGGUGGCGCUCGUCACCUGGACCGAGGAGGUGAACCUGACGCUGGUGCACCGCGACCUGAGCAGCAUGCGGCUGCGCACGCCGGCCGGCCACACGCUCGACUACGAGAUCCUGCUCGUGUUUCCCUUCACCUCGGAGACCAAGCGGAUGGGCAUCAUCGUGCGCGAGACGAGCUCGGGCGAGAUCCGGCUCUACAUGAAGGGCGCCGACACGGUCAUGGCGUCGAUCGUGCUGUACAGCGACUGGCUGGAGGAGGAGUGCGACAACCUGGCGCGGGAGGGACUGCGCACGCUGGUCGUGGCUAGCAAGCGGCUGACGCCCGAGCAGUAUGCCGAGUUUGAGCAGCGCUACACGGCCGCCAAGCUGUCUGUGACGGACCGGGCGGCGAAGGUGUCGGCCGUGGUGGAGUCUCUGGAGCGCGAGAUGGAGCUGCUCUGCCUGACGGGAGUCGAGGACCGGCUGCAGGACCACGUGCGGCCCACCCUCGAGCUCCUCCGCAACGCUGGCAUCAAGACAUGGAUGCUGACCGGCGACAAGCUGGAGACGGCCUCGUGCAUCGCCCAGUCGUCGCGGCUGGUGUCGCGCGCCCAGAACCUGCACCUGUUCCCGGCCAUCACCAGCCGGGCCGAGGCCCACCAGGAGCUGAACGCGUUCCGCCGCAAGAACGACUCGGCCCUGGUCAUCAAGGGCGACGCCAUGGAGAUCUGCCUGCGCUACUACGAGCUGGAGUUCAUGGAGCUGGCGUGCGCGUGCCCGGCGGUGGUCGUUUGCCGCUGCUCGCCCACGCAGAAGGCGGCCGUGGUGCAGCUCAUCCAGCGGCACACGGGCAAGCGCACGGCGGCCAUCGGCGACGGCGGCAAUGACGUCAGCAUGAUCCAGGCGGCGGACUGCGGGAUAGGCAUCGUCGGCAAGGAGGGCCGGCAGGCCUCGCUGGCCGCCGACUUCAGCAUCAUCAAGUUCUGCCAUCUGGCCAGACUGCUGCUGGUGCACGGCCGGUACUCGUACCACCGCUCGGCUUCGCUGAGCCAGUUCGUCAUCCACCGCGGCCUCAUCAUCUCCACCAUGCAGGCCGUCUUCUCCUCCGUCUUCUACUUCGCCUCGAUCGCGCUCUACCAGGGCGUGCUGAUGAUCGGGUACGCCACGGUGUACACCAACUUCCCGGUGUUCUCGCUGGUGCUGGACCGUGACGUGCCGGCCAAGAUCGCGCUCACCUACCCGGAGCUGUACAAGGAACUGACUAAGGGGCGCUCGCUCUCGUACAAGACCUUCUUCAUGUGGGUCGCCAUCAGCAUCUAUCAGGGUGGUAUUUUGAUGUACGGCGCCAUCUGGCUGUUCGAGGACGAGUUUAUCCACAUCGUGUCCAUCAGCUUCUCAGCCCUGAUCGUGACCGAGCUGUUGAUGGUGGCCCUCACCAUCCGCACCUGGCACUACCUCAUGGUGGCCGCCGAGGUGUUCUCAUUCGGCACCUACAUCCUCUCCAUGAUCAUCUUCCGCGACGUGUUUGACCGCGAGUUCAUCCAGAGUGUCGACUUCCUGUGGAAGGUGCUGGCCAUCACGCUGGUCAGCUGUCUGCCGCUCUACGUCCUCAAGUUCUUGACGCGUCGCUUCUCGCCGCCCUCGUACACUAAACUGACGUAGGCAGGCUGGGCCCGUCACCGUCGUCUGAUGUGUAAACUCACGUAGAGUCGCCAAAGCUUUUCACCGCCUCUAGUCUUAGCUCUCGCGGAUCGGUGGCGGCCGGGUGUGGCCUGCGCGACCUGACCUGUGGGUGGCCCGCCGUCGGGCCCCGCCCCGUAUGGGGUGGGCCUCGAGCCGCGCCCGGCUGUCGCCUCUCGCCCCGUCCGCCGGCGCGCUCCGCCAGCCGACGCCCGCGCUCUGGGCGUCGGCUCUGCAGACAGCGGCCGUGUGCGGACGCCCGGCAGGGGUGUCACAUCGGGCGUCCAGUGUGUCAGUGGGGCGACACGCCCCCGCAGCCGGGCGGAGCUGAGCGCCGCGCGGCGCUGUGGAAGAGUCACUAUUUAUUCAGACUGCUACUGUGCGUAUUAGACAAGAGAGUGGAAGUAUCCGAGAGUUGGUUCUUUUGUUAUAGGAUCGUCAGUGUAUAAUCGUAUGACGUAUGGACAGAUGUUGCUGGGUGCUGCUAUGUGAUCCGAGAACCGCUCCUCUAAAAAGGUGUCUCAGUUGGCUGUCAGUGCGUUCUGAACGUAUCCCGCAUGGCUUUGGGCUGGUGACGCCUGCUAUCGCAGAGGAAUAGCUUGAGUCCUGUGGAGGAAGCUUUGCGAGUGAGGUGGUACUCUUGUAAUAAACU